UUGAAAUGCACAUCUCGCUGCAUGUUUCUGUUGCUUUCUGCAGCAGUUUUUUGGUGGCCUAUGGCCAGAUAAACUCAAACCAGUGGCCAAAUAGGAGUGGUAUUGUACAGUUGUUCGAAUGGAAGUGGAACGACAUCGCGGACGAAUGUGAGCAAUUCCUAGCACCAAAUGGCUACGGAGGAGUGCAGGUUUCUCCUCCGACGGAAAAUUCCAUCGUGCUGGAGCCAUUCCGUCCUUGGUGGGAACGAUAUCAACCGGUCUCGUAUUACCUGGUCACCAGAUCUGGAACAGAAGCAGAGUUCGUAGAGAUGGUACGGCGGUGUAACGUCGUAGGUGUACGGAUCUACCCCGAAGUAGUGAUAAACCACAUGGCAGCAGACGCCCAGCAUGGGGGAACCGGUGAGUCACUUGCCGAAAGUGAACUUACCAGCUACCCUGCGGUUCCGUACAAUGAAUCGCAUUUUCACAGCAACUGUCUCAUUGCAGCCGAUAGCCAACCGAUUGAAAUAAGAGAAUGUCGACUGAAUGGAUAUCCCGAUUUGAAUCAAAAAUCUGAAUGGGUUCAAGAACGAAUAGUAAACUUUUUGAACAAACUAAUAACCUAUGGAGUAGCUGGAUUCAACAUUGCCGACACCAAGUACAUGUGGCCUGAUGAUCUGCAAAACAUCUACAAUCGACUCGCCAACCUCUCAGAGGAGCAUGGCUUUGCGUACGGUUCAAGAUCAUUUAUCAUGCAAUCUGUUGUUGAUAUGGGUGUUGAUGGCAUUGCGAAAUACGAGUACCGUCCCCUCGGAAUGGUGACUGAAUUGGCACAUUCCCAUUACCUGGGAUAUUAUUUCUCUGGUAGAAAACAAUUGUCCGAUCUUCGAAACUGGGGUAGAAACUGGUCUUUUCUGUCGUCGGAACGAGCGAUUAUAUUUGUAGACGAUUACAUAAAUCAGCGAGGUCUCGGAUCCAGCAAAGGCUUCGUAUUGACACAUAGAGACCGCAAGCGUUACGCAACGGCAUCUACAUUUAUGUUGGCCUUCCCGUACGGUACACCACGAAUAAUGAGUUCCUACGAUUUUAGUAACGCGUACCAAGGACCACCAGCAGAUAUGUAUGGAAAUGUAAUUUCGCCAGUCUUUGCUUCGGAUGGUUCAUGUCAGAGCGGUUGGAUUUGUGAGCACCGUUGGAACGAAGUUGUCAACAUGAUUGGAUUCCGAAAUGCGGUAGCCGACACGGAACUCACUAACUGGUACGACAAUGGAGCGUACCAAAUUGCGUUCUGUCGCGGAAACCGCGGAUUUGUGGCGUUCAAUCUGCAAGGUGCAGACUUCGACCAAACCAUGCAAACAUGCCUACCAGCGGGGACGUACUGUGACGUGAUCUCCGGCAACAUACAGAACGGAUCCUGCACAGGUACGUCGAUUCAGGUGGCUCAAGAUGGAACGGCUAGAGUUUUCAUAGCCGGAAUAGGCAGCUACGGAGUAUUGGCGAUUCAUGUGAAUUCAAAAACAUAACUGAAAGGAUUGGCUAUUGGUGUGUGAAAAUUACGAAUCCAGUAGUUGGAUUUUUAACUAGUUAGUGGGGAAAACCAAACCAGUAUGGAAAUUAUACUAGGAAUAAUUUCAC